AGCGAGAAAGGGGGCCGGUGACGUUAGGCGGGGAAGCGGGUGGGAGCUGUUUUCCAUUUUGGUGCUUUGAUUUGCCACCUUUCACUGGUAAUAAUUCCUCCACGCCGGCGUCGCGUGCGGCUUUCGCGCGGAUCGAGGCCACAGCAGCUCGUCGUCGUGCUUUGGUGUGGGAGAAAGGACAGGAAAUAGAGUAGCUUGCAUUCGUAUCCUCGCCUCAUUUUUCCUCCCGUUAACCUCCGUCUAAGGAGAGAGACCUGGCCUGUGUUCGCUAGCUUGUCGCCGAGAGCCAGCCAUGGAUGAGAAGGCGUUCACGAAGGAGCUGGAUCAGUGGAUCGAGCAGCUCAACGAGUGCAAACAGCUGUCGGAAAGUCAAGUCAAGACGCUUUGUGAGAAGGCUAAAGAAAUCCUAACGAAGGAGUCCAAUGUGCAGGAGGUGAGGUGUCCUGUCACAGUGUGUGGGGACGUCCAUGGCCAAUUCCAUGACCUAAUGGAGCUCUUCAAAAUUGGAGGGAAAUCACCAGACACAAACUACCUUUUUAUGGGUGAUUAUGUUGACAGAGGGUACUACUCCGUGGAAACGGUCACACUGCUUGUCACCCUAAAGGUUAGAUACCGUGAACGUAUUACGAUUCUUCGAGGGAACCACGAAAGCAGACAAAUCACACAAGUAUAUGGCUUUUACGAUGAGUGUUUAAGGAAAUACGGAAAUGCGAAUGUGUGGAAGUACUUCACGGACCUCUUCGAUUACCUUCCCCUCACUGCUCUGGUAGACGGUCAGAUUUUCUGCCUUCAUGGAGGACUGUCACCAUCCAUAGACACGCUAGACCACAUCCGAGCGCUGGAUCGCUUGCAGGAAGUCCCACAUGAGGGACCCAUGUGUGACCUGCUGUGGUCUGACCCGGACGAUCGCGGAGGUUGGGGUAUCUCCCCAAGGGGUGCUGGCUACACCUUUGGGCAGGACAUCUCUGAGACUUUCAACCACGCCAACGGCCUUACCUUGGUGUCAAGGGCUCACCAGUUGGUGAUGGAGGGAUACAACUGGUGUCACGACCGCAAUGUUGUAACAAUAUUUAGUGCACCAAAUUACUGUUAUCGCUGUGGCAACCAGGCAGCUAUUAUGGAACUUGACGACACUCUUAAAUACUCUUUCCUGCAGUUCGACCCGGCCCCCCGCAGAGGAGAGCCCCAUGUGACACGCCGCACUCCAGACUACUUCCUGUAAAUGGGCCGUCCAUCUUCGUGCCUCUCCAGCACUGCUACAAGUAUUAGUCAUGGUAUGAGAAGACUGCAGAAGGGCAACAGUUAUAAAAGCAAUUUAAGUAAUCUGGAGUCACCUACAUUUUGGACCAAAAGGUGUGCCAUAUUCAGAAUGUGAGGCAAAAGUCUCUGUCCAGCAUUUAGACCUUGAAAGAUACGCACUGUUUUUGUGCAUGCUCCACCCCAGACCAGAUCUCUUAUGUCACGUUCAUGCUAGCUCUCUUAAUUUGUAUUCUUAGUCAUUCUUGAAACUGAAAACAUGACCUUGUAAUUAGAUCUGACUCCUAUAGUUAAAGCUUGGCUGCGCACUGGGCUUGACUGCAGGGAGCAGAAAGAUCAGCAGUGAGUAUGCUUUUCCUGCUGGGAUACUGGUGUACAAAGGCCUGUUCUGUGUGAAGUCCCUCUCGGGGAUUACUAAGUAGAAUUUGUUUGUCUGCACUUUGCACAUUCAUUUUUAUCACGUUUCACAGUUUUACUGAACCCCCCCCCCCCCCCCCCUUUUUGUUACUCAUGUAGAAAUUAUAUGCAGCUAUUUCCAUCAUCUGUGAAUGACAUUCUUGAAGGCGCCCAAUUCCAAUUUGUAGAGUAGAUGGGAAAACGAGUUUCAUUGUGGGAAAUGGUAAUCCUAACACUUAUGGGCUGUUGUGUGUAUUGAAGGCUCUGUGAAUAUAAUAAAAGUUGAGGUUGCUCCUUCAAA